AAGUGCGUGUGCAAAAUUUCAGAUCGAUAUCUCAAAAACUUAGGGAGAUAAUAGACUCGCAGACAUGGCUAAACUGACUCACCUCGUCACGCUGAGCAUUUAUAGAUAUAUUUUAUAGAUUCCCGGGUAUUACUUUCUGGGUGUUACAUACUUCGUCGCAAACUUAAUAUACGCAGUACAGGGUAUAAGAAGACAGCAAAAACAAUAGUAAUGUUAAUUCGUUGCUUCUUUUUGUGAUUUGAUCGCAAAACUAAUAGAAAAAGCUGGCAAUAAAAAGUGUUGACCAACUGCAACCAGUGAAGUGGACUUACUGUUUACCAUAUAACGGUAUCUUUGGAAAAAACAAGUGGCCUUAAAUAAGGCAAAUAAAACAGAAAACAAACACAAAAAGAUUAAGAAACAAAAACAAACUGUGAGUUGUUGUUGUCAUGCUCGCUGUGUCCACAAAGAACUGACCUAAUGCAUUACCGCAGUCAACAGAAAAAGUUGAAAUGCCACCAAAACGGUGCAAAUGCUACAACAGCAAGAAUCACAACGUCGCUGCUAACAACAAUGCAACAAAUUUGCAUUUCUCACUGCUAACAGUUGGCUUCUUGUUGACAAUUGAAUUGUUCACCUGUUGUCUGUUCUUCUUCAAUCACCUGCACAAGCUACAAACAACAACAGCAGCAGCCAUAACAACAUAAACGAUUUUAGUUAAAGUUUUUAGAGCGAUUUGCUCACCAAGUGUCUGGGGGCAGCGGUAGCGGCGGUCAGUUGGGUGUUGAGUGAGGAAUGCGCUGGGUCGAAGGUGAUUGAGAGCAGUCGCCUAUUGUGCAUGUGACAUACACACAUACACAAACAUUUACGUAUGUGCUACAGAAGUGUGUCACGGCAGCUGAAGGGAAGGUGAAAGAAUUGGAAUUAUUUGCAUAUUUCCGAUAAGGUUUCCAACAAAGUGAAUUUGGCUUAGUUUUUUGAAGCGCGAAAUGCUAAGAAUUUCUUUUCGUUCAAAGUGAAAAGCGUCAGCAUUUGUGGGCUCCGUCGAAGAAUUCGAGGUUAAUGAGCGCAACCCUCCCGGUGACAACAACACGACCAAAGUGGACAUUUUAAUCCGCGCACGGGUAUUAAUGUGUAUUAGGAGCAGCAGCGCUUUUGUUAAGAGUUGCACAAAAUGAAUCGUUUACGCACGCAAAAAUUCAAAGUAAAUGCGGAAAAUAGCAAUAACAACAACAACAUCAACAAUGAGAAUAACAAUGGCGGCAGUAACAACAAUGUGAGCGGUUUACUGCCAACGAGCAGUCUGCUCAACAAACUAACGAAGCGUUACUCGACGCUCAGCCAUCGCAUUACACGGCGACAUCAUGCGGGCCGCAAAGGCAGUUCACCGCAGAAAGUCGCCUCGGGCAGUUACGAUAUGACCGGUGCGCAUUCGGAUGAUCAUCGCUUGGAAAUCGGUGCACCAGUGCUGAUAUCAACAACGACACUGGAUGCGGAUCGCUUUGAUGUGAGUGAGGAACGUCUGCGGCAGAUUGGUGGCGGCAUAGCGGCAACCAGCACCAUGGUGCGUACGAUCAACAUACAUUCUUCACCGCAAAUGCCAUCAUCAGGUAGCGAGACGGAGGUGUAUGCUGAUGCUUUGAGCACGCCGCCAGUCGUGGAUGAGCCAGCUGAACCGGCUGGUGUUGAGGAGGAGGAGCGCUACGAACUAGCAUCGGCGGGCACACCAAAACAUGCAACCGAGCCUGCAGAUCCACUUGCUGAUCUCAAUGCGCGUCUUCUAUUGAAAUUACCGAUAUUUCCUGUGCCAGAGAUGAACACGCAAAAUGUGUCAUCCACUUCGGUCGAAUCGCCUGCAAGUAGUGUGGAACAACGCACUCUGGCUGCGACUGCCAGCGAAAAGGUGUUAUCGCCACCUAAGCCGCGCAUACCGACGCCACCACCCAAGUUGCGACGCCGUCAACACUCGAAAUCGGCGCAGAAUCUACACCGCGCAGAGAUGAAGAUCUUUCUCGAAAAGACGCCAUCCAUGACCUUGGAUAUGAGCUUAACUACAGCAGAUCUCGAAAACUGUCGUGACUUACCGCGUUUACCCGAGCUCUUCGGUGUUAGCAAGUGUAGCCUAGCGCCCAGCGAUUAUGAGGGCAAUGACGCCGAUAAGGAAAACUCCUCGCCAUCGGUGGAGUUGUCACCACCACAAUGCAAAAGUGAUCCGAAUACACCAAUGUGCGCGGAGCAAAAGGUUUGUGGCUACCUCUCGCAACAGCUGCACUUCAAGAGCGUCGAUUCGUUGGACAUGCGCCACACGAACGGUGGCAAGCGUCGCAGUGUUGUCUUCUCCAGCAACGCUUCGAUCAAUCAGCAUGGCUCGAAGAAUAGUCUGACGAGUCACGCUAGCACCAUUGAAGAGUUCGAUUUGAAGUCGGUGAGUUGUCAAAGUUUGAAUGCGCAAAAUCUAUUCGUCUCCAUCGAUGAACUUAACGAGAUCACGCGCCAAAUUAACGAGUCCGAGGAGUUCAAUGAUGACAUCGAUUUGGAAUACUGUCUACACCGUGACAACCUCAAGCCCAGCGAACGUCGUAUUACGCUUUUAAAGAAUAAAAACUCGCGCCUUAUAAGUUUCAAUAAUAAUAAAGAGAAGCUUAGGAAAGGUUGGCAUGACGUUAAGCACUGGAUUGGUGAGGAGAGCACCAAGCUGAAGGAAGUGGUGCAGAAGCAGGCUAAUUUGCAACGCGUCGCCACCUCUAAGCUCAGUCUCAACAACUCCGAGUGUCGUCACUCGCCGUCCGUGCAUGGUAGUGUGCUGCUGCGUGGCGGUGAUAGUCGGGUGGGGAUGCCUGCGCUGCGCGACAGCGACACAAGUGUUGUUAGUAUCAAUCUGCAGCAGUCGCAAGGCGCCACGGCAAGCACCGUAACCAGUCCAAACUCCGCUUUCGGCGUGAGUACUGAUGAUUUGGUGGAUGGUAGUGGUGCUGGAGAUGUAAGCGGCGGUGGUAAUGCUGAAAAUGAGGAGGAUUUGGAGUCAUCGUUUACGCAACGACCAGCUGAUGAGACACCAACGGUCGCGAAAUUAUUUGAGGGCCAAAAUGGCUUCGAAGAAUUGCGACGCUAUGUAAAACAAGGUGGCGACUUCGGUAAGGAGCUGGUAAUGAUACUACAAGAAAGAGUUGAGUCUGAGACAUUAUACUCGAAAUCUCUCUCGAAAAUGGCCAACAAAUUGAACAAAGCCUGUCGUGAACUGCCCGGCAGCAUAGCCGAUGCUUGGCGUGGUGUUGCUACCGAAAUGGAGAAUCGCAGCGACAUCCAUCGCCAGCUGUCGGCUUCACUCACAGAUGAAAUUGUCAAACCACUCAAGAAUAUAAUCGAUGCACAUCACAAAACCAGAAAGUCGGUUGAGAGCAACGUGGACAAGGCCGCGCGCACACUAGCCGAGUGGCGUGUCAGCGAGUCUAAAGCCAAGAAAUCGUCACACACAGCUGCACGCGAAAAUGAGAAGCUACAGGAUGCCUUACUCGAUGUACGAAUACAGAAAUCACCAUCCAUUGCGCUGCUACAUCAAGGUCCCAAUAAGCUUGCUGCUGAAAAGGAAAUCAGAUCGGCUGAGAAAGAUUGCGCCAAAUUGGAUAGCAAACGUAAGAAGGCCGAGGAGGCUGUCAAGCGUGCCGAUGUCGAAUACUAUACGCUCUGCAUACGCGCCGAACGCGCACGCGUCGAUUGGGAGAUGGCUGUGUUGCGCGGCUCCUCACUGCUGCAGAAUAUCGAAAAUCAACGGUUGGUUAGCAUGAAAAACUUCAUUGCGAAUUACUCGCGUCUCACAUCAAAUAUGAAUCCCAUUUUGGAUGGUCUAAUGCAACGUCUGCAGCCGCAAGUCGACGCCUGCAAUGUGCUGAAAGAUAUGCAGGUGGUUAAGAAUAUACGUCGUAAUUCGGAGGGUCCCAGCGAGCAAUUGCUGCCGGACUUCUAUUGUGAACACACCACUUUGGCUAUGAAUCGGGAGCGACGCAAGCAUGCGCUCAUCAAGCUGCUGCAGUUGGUCAAAGCGGAUUUGGAGCGUGAGCGACGCUCGCGUAAUGGACUAAAGGGACUUUCCCAGUCAUUGAACAACCAAGAUAAUCAAAAUAUCACCGACAAAUUGUAUCACAUACGAUCGAUGCUGACCUAUUUGGAGGGUGCACGCUUCAAAUUGCACUCAGCACUAUUGGAGUUGGAUCACAAGCCGAGAUCGUCACAUCCACUGGCACAACAUAUACAGGUUACACGCGACCGCACCGGCCUACAACAGAGCGUACUCAAAGUGCCGCUCUGGCUAAAGAACAACGAUCGCAUGAGUCAAGACGACAGCGCAUCGGUACAAGAAAACGAAUACGAAUGCGUCAACCAAGCAGCGAAUAUAUCCAACGCCAGCUGUACCGAUCUCAGCAAGGAUAUACUUGUACGCAAGUUCAGUCGCAGCAAGAGCAACAUUGAGACGCUCAGCAACAAGACACAGCUUUGCAUUGCCAGCAUUGAUAAGACUAAGACAAUACCGGCGCAUAUCGACAACGAUCCGUAUAGUGAUCGUGGUCAAGCCGAUGGCGGCUCAAAUCAACAGGACUCCGAUUUCGAUGAAUUCAGCUCGCAGGACGAAGACGACGAGCAGACGACCACCACAAACAGUUCGGCACGCAAAGAACACAAAGCGAUUAUAGAGAAGAGCACAAUGUUGGCGAACGGCACGGCCACGGCUAUGUCUAAUGGUGCGGCGACGACGACGACGCCUACAAUCUACCAAAAUGCGGCUGAGCUACAUAACGGACAAAGCAAUAUGAACGGUAAUGCGAACGUGAAUGGCAGCGCACCCGUUAUACUGAGCCGUUGCAAAGCCUUGUACAGUUAUACACCGAAAUUGUAUGACGAGCUGGAGCUAACGCCGGGCGACAUCAUCGAGGUGCACGCCAAGCAGGAGGACGGCUGGUGGCUGGGCGCGCUGGGAAAUCACGUGGGCAUCUUUCCGGCGACAUACGUAGAGGAAUUUGCUUGAAGCGCGUAGUUUAGGCGUUCUUAUUAAGUGUAAAGCAAAAUGUGCGUUUGCAAGUGCGUCGUUCUAAGCGUCAAAAGCAGACAAGUAUGUGUAUGUAUAUGUAGCAGACUACAUGAAGACGUUUCGGCAAUGAAAACAUUUUUGCGAUAUAUGACCACCCGUAUUUAGACGCCUUCACAUUAGCAAUAACUUGUCUUCCCUACGACUGCCAAAAGGGGUUCAAAAGCAGAGCGCUCAAGUUAUACAAAAAGCAUCAUUAAAAGUUAGCUUGAUACUCUCAAAUUAGUUCUAGAAAAGCAGCAGACAUAAAAUUUGCAGUUUUUUUUUUGCGAAAAAAAUGGUUUUUGAGCAAAGCAAAGAUAAGAAAAAAAAAGUAAUAUUAUAUGAGCCAUUUGGCUGGCGCUCGAGCUAACGAAUCUGUUACGUCAUUAAUUUAUAAAGUGCAUAAUCACUGAUUAAUUUUCUUUUUUUGUUUUAAAAAAGUAAUUUAACACAUAAUUUUAAUGCAGCUUAAGUUGUUAAAUUGAUUUACUUAUGUAUUGUAUGUAUUUACGUAUAUGCGAUGAAGUGUUUUAACUCAACAAAAAAAUUUGUAUAACCCAACCAACUCACAGCCAAUUCAGAGGGAGUUCAUGCAUCACAGCUGCUGACUGAGCGUUAGCAUUGACAAAAAACAACAAAAUAUGGAGCCACAUCGUGAAAAAGCGCUUGAAGUCAUUUAUAUAUUGCAACAAACAUAUUAUGUUCUAUUAUUAGUACAAGCUUACGUAUAUUAAUAUUUACAUAUGUAUUUACCUACUUUUAGAUUUUAGCAAUAAAAAUGUAUUGUUUGAAA